CCGCCCCAUGAGCUUGAGUUAUGUGACCCAACAAGGUCUUUCUUUCAUGCAUUUUCCUUUCCCGACGAGAAUCAAUUGCCGCAGCUGGAUGUUAAAAUAACAGAGAAUCACGAUCCGCCAACAACAUUUUCCCUUGCCCGGAUUCUGGGAGGAGAUUAACGGAGCUUUGAAAAAUCAUCUGCCCUUUGUUUUCAAUUCCAAUUUACAAAAUCGUCUUCUAUCCUACCUGUUCAACAUCUUGCCAUUUUCUUCGAUUCCAAUCAAAGCUAAUGAUUCAAAACCAAAAACGACAGCUUUUUGGUGGGUUUCGGUGCCUGAGCGAAAAUCAAGCAGACCCUAAAAUGCCUUAAUUGCACAAGGUAAAGUUGAGAUCGAGCUUCACAUUGACGAGAAAGAGCAAAGAGACUUCGCUUGGGGGUUUCCUUGGAGGUAGGCCAUUGAACUGAAUUGGAAUCACGGGGAGAAAUCUUGAAGACGAGUUUAGAAGUUUUGUUCUUCCUAGUAAUGGAUAGUGUUGACGAUUUAAUUAAGAACCAAAUAGCUGCACUUUGGCGAGUUAUAAAUUUGACAAGAUGCGUUAAGGAGGACAACAUCCCAUGCCAAAUUGAACAGGGCCUCUUCUUGGGUUCUGUUGGUGCUGCUAAUAAUAAGGAUAUACUGAAAAGCAAGAAUAUUACACACAUCUUAACAGUGGCUAAUACUUUGGCUCCUGCUUAUCAAAAUGAUUUUAUAUAUAAAGUCAUUGGAGUUGCGGAUAAAGAAGACUCAAAUUUGAGACAAUACUUUGAUGAGUGCUUCAAUUUUAUUGACGAAGCAAAAAGACAGGGUGGCGGUGUUUUGGUUCAUUGCUUUGUUGGAAGAUCCAGAAGCGUGACAAUUGUUGUUGCCUAUCUGAUGAAAAAGCAUGGCAUGAGCGUAUCCCAAGCUCUCGAAUAUGUGAGGAAUAGACGACCUCAGGCUGCUCCCAACUCAGGUUUCAUCUCACAAUUGCUGGACUUUGAGAAAUCUCUUCAAGGCCUCCCAUCAUAAUAACAAACAAGGAUGAGAAGGGCGUAGAAAGGCUUAGCACUGGAGGAUUCUGCAUUUGAUUCUUAUUGGGAAAAUGCAGCAAUUAUCUGCCCAAAAAAAAAAAAAAGCCAUGGUAUAAACUUCAAAUGCACUGGUUAUUAUGUAAAAUAUAUAUAUAUAUAUAAACCUCCAUUUUCUGUUGUAGUAACAGUAUUUGGACCAUUCUAUCCUUGUAUCACUGUAAAACAAAAUUGUUUUCUUCUUUGACAGUAGGUACCAUUUGUGCAACAGGUGUCAUGCUUUUUUAUUUUUUAAUUUCUAUUUACUUUCCUCAUUAAAUUUUUUUCA